CGCCGCCGCCGCCGCCUGGCCGAUGGCUCCUUCACGCCGCUAGCCCGGAAGGAGAGAGCGCGAGGAGCACGGAGAAGAGCCGAGGCUCGGUUGCAGCUGAAGCAGUAAUAGCAGAGGCGGUGGUUACCCGGCAGCAGGAGGAGAGGCCUCUGCAAGGAGGAGAGAGACCAAAGGAAGGGUUGAGAUCACCAUGGCCCACUCCCCUGUCGCCAUGCAGGUGCCUGGCAUGCAGAAUCAUAGAGCGGACCCUGAGGAACUCUUCACAAAACUGGAACGUAUUGGAAAAGGCUCAUUUGGAGAAGUCUUCAAAGGAAUUGAUAAUCGGACACAACAAGUGGUUGCUAUAAAAAUCAUAGACCUGGAGGAGGCAGAAGAUGAAAUAGAAGACAUCCAGCAAGAGAUAACUGUGCUAAGCCAGUGUGACAGCCCUUACGUGACAAAGUACUAUGGCUCUUAUCUAAAGGGCACAAAGUUAUGGAUAAUCAUGGAAUACUUAGGUGGGGGAUCAGCACUGGAUCUGCUCCGUGCUGGCCCAUUCGAUGAGUUCCAGAUUGCUACGAUGCUCAAGGAAAUACUGAAAGGGCUUGACUAUCUACAUUCAGAGAAGAAAAUUCACAGAGAUAUAAAGGCUGCCAACGUGUUAUUGUCAGAGCAAGGAGAUGUGAAGCUUGCGGAUUUUGGCGUUGCAGGGCAACUGACUGAUACACAGAUUAAAAGGAACACCUUUGUAGGCACACCAUUUUGGAUGGCACCAGAAGUGAUUCAGCAAUCAGCCUAUGAUUCAAAAGCUGACAUUUGGUCAUUGGGAAUCACGGCUAUUGAACUGGCCAAAGGAGAGCCUCCGAACUCAGACAUGCAUCCAAUGAGAGUUCUCUUUCUCAUUCCCAAAAACAACCCUCCAACCCUAAUAGGGGACUUCAGCAAACCCUUUAAAGAGUUUAUUGAUGCAUGUCUGAAUAAGGACCCGACAUUUCGUCCCACAGCGAAAGAACUUCUAAAGCACAAAUUCAUUCUGAAAAAUGCCAAGAAGACUUCAUAUCUGACAGAGCUUAUUGAUAGAUUUAAGAGGUGGAAAGCAGAAGGACAUAGUAGUGAUGAAACAGAUUCUGAUGGUUCUGAUUCGGAGUCUAGCAACAAGGAGAACAAUUCCCACCCAGAGUGGAGUUUUACUACAGUUCGGAAGAAGCCAGAGGCCAAGAAACUGCAGAACGGAACAGACCAAGAUCUCAUGAAAACCCUGAGCUGUUUAACGAUGAUAAUCACUCCUGUCUUUGCUGAGCUUAAGCAGCAAGACACCAAUAACGCAAGCAGGAAGAAAGCAAUUGAAGAACUUGAAAAAAGCAUCAAUAUGGCAGAAGCGACAUGUCCAGGGAUCACUGAUAAGAUGGUGAAGAAACUUAUGGAGAAGUUUCAGAAGUUUUCAGUUAAUGACUCCUCCUAAGAAACUUUCUAUCAGUGAUGCUGUUCCACAUGGACCCAGUAAUAGCCCACCAAAACCUACUAUAAGCUUGGCAAUGCUUUGUUCAUGAGCUCCUUGUGCCUUUUGGAUCAUUGCAACAUAUAUGAUGAUCGCGGAUUUGAAAGGACUUAACUCCACUAUUUCGUGAUGGGUAUACAUGCUUUUUUGUAUUUCCAGGACAUUCUUUUUUGUAAAGAGCAACUUUUAAUAUUGUAGUUUUCACUUAUUUAAUCCAGUUUAAAACAAAAA